CUCGAAAAAUGCCAUAUCUUACUGGUCUCGUUACCAUCCGCUUCCCUGUAUGAGUCUAUCUCGAAGCUGUGUAUACCGCUCGCUGCCACAGGGCCGAAGGUUGGCAUAAUGGAUAGCUGCUCCGGUUUACUUGCCAAACUAGACGCUGGUAUGGAUGAUGUGAGCAAAAGUGAGACAAAAGAAAUGUUACAAAACAAGGAGAGGUCUUUGAUGGAAUCUAAAGCUAAGAGAGAUCAGGGUGAUGGAGCUUCAGGGAUUGAGGAGGAAUCAGAAGGGAGUUUCCAACAAGUAAGAAAGCCACCACCUCUUGUUUAUACACCACAGUUGGAUGUAAUGUGGCUAAUACUGCUUGGACUAGCAGCAGGUACAAGAAUGGUCAGUUUGAUGAACCCUAGCUCAGUUGUAUUUGAUGAAGUUCACUUUGGAAGAUUUACAUCAUAUUUCAUGCAAAACAAAUUUUUCUUUGAUGUCCACCCACCCCUUGGAAAACUCCUUUUUGCCUUAGUUGGCUAUUUGAGUGGUUUUGAUGGUAAAUUUAUGUUUGAACAAAUAGGCCAAGGUUUUGGAGAGCAUGCUGGCCAGAUUUGGUAUUUGAGGCUGCUACCUGCCAUAUUUAGCACAUUGCUUGUUCCAUGCAUGUAUGAGAUUCUCCUUGAACUUGGGUGCACAUAUUGGAUGGCAACCCUUGGAGCUGUGCUGGUGAUAUUUGAAAACAUGCUGGUUGUCCAAGGCAGAUUUAUUUUGAUGGAUUCGAUGCUGAUUUUCUUUAUUGCCGCUUCAGUUUGCUUUUAUCUCAAAUUUCUGCGAGAACACCAUAGGCCUUUUCAACCAAAAUGGUGGUUUUAUCUUGUUUGUCUCGGGCUUUCCCUGACUGGAGCUUUUAGUGUCAAGUACAAUGGUCUUUUGACAGUACUGCUGAUUGGAGCGUUUACAUUUCUUGAUAUUUGGAGACUGAUUGGGGAUAUAAAAUGUCCUUUGAAAAAUCUUUGGCAUCACAUAUUCGCAAGAGCUGGUUGCCUCUUCGGAAUGCCAAUUGUCCUUUACCUGUUCCAGUUUUACAUUAUGUUUGCUGUUCUUACUGAGACCGGGCCUCAUGAUGAUUACAUGUCCAGUUCAUUCCAAAGAACCCUCAACGGUGGACUUGCCAAAAUCACGGAAAAUCAAGCCGACGAAGUUGCAUACGGAUCCCAGAUCACGCUGCGCAACACGCACAAAAAGCAGUGCUGGUUGCACUCUCAUUCACAUCUUUAUCCUGUCAAAUACCCGGACGGAAGAGGAAGCAGUGCGCAGCAGCAAGUUACCUGCUACGCAUUCAAAGAUAUAAACAACUGGUGGAUUGUCAAACGUCCUGACUCUGAAAAUCUUUCAGUUGAAUUUCCUCCUAAACCGGUGAAGAAUGGAGACGUCAUCCAUCUAGUUCACGGUACAACUGGAAGAGGCCUUAACAGUCAUGAUGUGGCCGCUCCUUUGAACCCGUACAACAUGGAGGUAUCUGGUUACAUUGACCACAAUGUGUCCAUGUCAGCACAGCUAGGAUGGAGAGUCGAGAUUCUCAACCCAGAUCCAAGUAACGUUUGGAAAGUCAUAGAAUCUCAAGUCAGAUUCAUCCAUAUCAACACUUCUACAUCAAUUAAGGUUACAGGAGCUGUGUUGCCUGAUUGGGGAUUUCAUCAAUUUGAAGUUGCCACUGGUAAAAUCAUAAACACUGAAGAAUCGAUAUGGAAUGCGGAGGAGCACAAUCAAAAUGUAACAAUACCUGAAGGAAUGGAUAAAUCUGAAGUACAACAGAAAAUAAAAGCAAGCAAAGCCCCGGGACCAGCUGGCUCCAUGUCUUUCAUUUCGAAGUUUCUAGAGCUGCAGACUCGAAUGCUGCGGAUAAACAGUGAAUUAGUACAGGAGCACACUUUUUCUUCGAGACCGUUCGACUGGCCAUUCAUGAAAAGGGGCGUUGCCUACUGGAUCAGCAACACAUCAAAUGCUCAAGUAUUCUGCAUUGGUAAUCCAGUUAUAUGGUGGGCUGGGACCCUUGCGGUUUUGGGUUACUGCGGCUUAUUUCUAUUUUAUUUGCUAAGGAGGAGAAGAGCAAUAUACGAUCUUAGUCUUGGUCAAUGGCAGCUGUUUACAUUUAUAGGCCUACUCACCAUCGGAGGGUACUUCGUUCAUUACCUGCCGUUUUUCCCUAUGGAAAGGACCCUGUUUAUUCAUCAUUAUUUGCCAGCUCUUUUAUUCAAAUUGUUGCUGAUUCCUGUAUUAGCUGAUCACAUACAACAAAACAUACUCAGGGGCUAUCCAAUUUUGCAAAAAAUAUUUGGCCUGGUGUGUGUUGGAUUCGCCGUGCUUGUUUUAAUGUCGUUCAAACACUUUAGUCCAUUUACGUACGGAUUUCCGUCACUCAGUGCUGCAGACAUCAUGAAGCGAAAAUGGCUAUCUGGCUGGGAAUUUCUUAUCAACAAGAAGAAUUAAUAGAGCCCCUUUAGAUUAUAGGCCCAUUGUUAUGCGGAUCGGAUGCUGCCUCACUCCCAGGCCAUCUUAUACUAACGACAUAUUCAACAAAAUGCGCAAGACAAAAGCUGUUCUCCAGCUGCAAGAGAUUUCCCAUUCAACUGUGUAUCUAAGGCGGUAUCAUACCAAACUUAGGAUGAUUGAAAGUGAUCCGAAAUAUGGCAUCAUCUGUCAGGAAAAGCUUGGUUGCAAACAUGACAUUAAACUUUAUUUAUUAUUAUGAUUUAUAUCGCGAGGUAUUAUUAUGCAUUUCCCUUUUCCUCUUGCACAGGCUUUGUCAAACCUCAAUUUCUAUACAAACAUUCAACGGUAUUACAGUUUUUAGUGUGAUUAAAAUGUUAUAUGACGCAACCUUUUAUACAACCUCCCGUUUUUCUUCUAACACAUUGUAACGAGUCCCUAACACCCUUUCCGCGUAACGUUACGAUUUGAGCUAUAACCCCCACCUCUUUGACACAUUAAACUUCUAUCCAAACCUCAUUACGCCCUUUCUAUUACCCUUUCUCUUGGGAGAUUUUCAAAGGAAAUAUGCAUGAGAUUUUUUUUUAAAAGUUAGGUUUGAAUGACGAACAGUGCAAAACAUGACACAGUACUUGAUCCAUAUUCCACCCUGAAAUUAAACAGGUUCCAAUCGAUCAGACCCCGAUUGAUAGGAUUUUCUAAAAAGCGCACCUCGUAUCGACCGGGCUUCGGUUAAGCGUACCUCAAUUUUCCGGACUUCGGUUAACCGGAUCUUAAUUUUUAAGGCCGCAAGUGACUGGCGGCAAUUUAACGCUUCUGGAUUGAUCAGACCUCGAUUGACCAAACUUAGAUUAUUUGAUUACCGGACCUGGAUUAUUCUGAAUCGAUUUACUAGCUCUGUCUUAACGGCAGGUCGUUUUAACAUAAUCUUAAUUUAUUUUUAUUCUGUGACAAUAAUUGCUAACAACUUUGUGUAGUAAAUGCGUUAAGAUCUACAGACAUGAAGAGCCUCUUUUGGUAUAAAGUAUAUUUCAGAUAUUUUGAUAGAUGAAAGUUCUUUGUUUAACA